UGAACUACACACAGGAACUCAAGAAGAUUUCUUCAUUCCGGAUUCAAAUGAAUGGUUCUUUUGGUGCUUACUUGAGAUUCUGAGACUUUCUUCCAUACCUCUCUUUCUCAGAUCAAAAAUUAAAAACACCCAUGACUUGCUCUUUUCAUUUCCAAUACAUUCUCAUUUUUGUACACCUCUAUUAUUAUUCCAUCUUCUAUCUGACAAUUACCUUGUCUGAAAACUCACCGUAUAUUCCCUCAGAUGACAUAGCUCUCAAUUGUGGCUCUUCCUCUUCAAUCACUCCCCAAUACGAUGGUCGAAACUGGACCGGUGAUAUUGGUUCCAAAUUCAUAUCUUCUAACAAUCCUGCAGCCACCACCAACUCUACCGCGUUCAAAGCCUCUUUCAUGGAUCCCUCUGUCCCAGAAAUUCCUUACUUGUCUGCUCGUAUCUUUCACACUGAAUUCACAUACAAUUUCAAUGUCACACCAGGCUCAAAAUUCGUCCGCCUUCAUUUUUACCCGUCAUCUUAUAUUGGUCUAGAGGACACAUCUUAUAUUGGUCUAGAGGACACAUCUAAGUCUUUUGUCACCGUCACUGCUUGCUCUGGCUGCUGCUACACUCUCCUCCGCAACUUCAGUGCUUCUCUCAAUGCGGAUUACUCCAAGGUACCAUUUCUCAUGAAGGAAUUUAUUGUCUACGUAAAUGGACAAGUGCUGGACAUAAAAUUUUCCUCAUCUUCAUCAAAUUCAUCAGAAGAAGCUUAUUAUGGCUUUGUGAAUGGAAUUGAGGUUGUUUCAAUGCCUCUGAAUCUCUAUCUUCCAGAGAGGGAUGCGCCUGGUCUCCGUGGUCUCAAUUUUGUUGGGCAGAAAGACUUGUUCUACGUGGAUUGCAAUUAUUCUAUGGAGACAUGUUAUAGACUGAAUAUGGCCGGCAAUGAGAUACCACCCAAGCAGGACACAGGAAUGUUUCGUCGUUGGACCAGAGAUGAUGAUUACAUAUUCGGAGCUGCUACUGGGGAUUGGCCUUUCGAUUUUAAUUUUACGUUGAGGUACCCGCCCGACGUACCACCAUACACUGCACCUGAGAUGGUCUACAAGACAGGUAGAGCCAUGGGGCUGCGUGAAAACGUCAAUUUGCUUUACAAUCUGAGCUGGAUUUUCCCCAUUGAUUCUGGUUUCUUAUACCUUGUUCGGCUGCAUUUUUGUGAGGUGGAUCGGUGGAUGAAAAAAAUAAACCAGAGGGUGUUUGACAUAUUCAUCAACAAUGAAACAGCCGAAUUUGAAGCUGAUGUUAUUGCUUGGAGCAGCGGGUACAUGGCUCCAGUGUACCGAGACUAUGUUGUUUUCAUUCCAAAAGUAAAUAAUGGGGAGAAGCAAGACCUGUGGCUAGAGCUACACCCAAACACGAAAUCAAAACCUCAGUACUAUAACGUCAUUUUAAAUGGAGCUGAGAUCUUCAAAUUAAGCAACUAUGAUGGAAACCUUGCUGGACCUAAUCCCCCCAAAAAGAUUGUGGCCAGUUUGCCACCAAAGAAACUCAACCCAAAAUCAUCAAAGAAGAUUACCUUGAUUAUGGUUGGAUGUUUUCUUGGCGGGCUGCUAAUUUUUCUUAUUUUCUCUUUCCUCCUUUAUAUGAUAAUUAGAAAGCGAGUGUUUUCAUGUUUUUCGUUGCAAUUAGACCAUUCCAAGUCUGGUCUAAAUAUAACAAUACAUGUAUCCCCGCUUUGCCAUCGCUUUUCCAUUAAGGAGAUCAAAGCUGCAACUAGUAACUUCGAUGAGGCACUAGUCGUUGGCACAGGUGGAUUUGGUUGUGUCUACAAGGGUUGCAUCAAUGGCGAAGCAAAAAUGAUAGCAGUAAAACGUGGUAAUCAGAUGGAAGAAAGAAAUCUACAUGAAUUCCAGACAGAGAUCAUAAUGGUCUCUCAGCUUCGACAUCACAACCUUGUCUCUCUAAUUGGUUACUGCCUGGAAGAAGAUGAAAUGAUCCUCGUGUACGAGUACAUGGAAAAUGGCACCCUUUAUGAUCAUCUUCAUGGCCCGAAAUCCCCCCUCACUUGGGAACAACGGUUGAAGAUUUGCAUUGGAGCUGCAAGGGGACUACACUACAUACACAGUGGUUCAAAACACAAAAUCAUUCAUCGGGACAUCAAGCCAACCAACAUACUACUAGAUGAAAAUUGGGAUGCCAAGGUUUCAGAUUUUGGGAUAUCGAAAUUGGGGAAUAUGGCAUCUUCUUGUUCUCAUGUCACCACUGAAGUGAAGGGUACUUUAGGAUAUUUAGACCCUGAGUAUUACCAAUGCUAUAAAUUGUCAGAGAAGUCAGAUGUUUACUCAUUUGGUGUGGUACUGCUAGAGGUGCUUUCUGCGAAGUCGGUAAUGAAUCCCAUGGCAGAAGAGGAAGAUGUAAACUUAGUAGAGUGGGUGUCAUCUCAUCUCCAUAAUGGUACGGCGGACCAGAUUGUAGACACAAGUAUGAAAGGAACAAUAUCAAAAGAGUCAUUUGUGAAGUUUUUGGAAAUUGCCAUGAAUUGCUUAGCCAAACAUAGUGUAGAGAGGCCGACUAUGGGUGAGGUUCUCUGGAACCUAGAGUUGUCUUUGAAACUUCAAACUGGUGUCGAAACAGGUAAAGUUGAAGUACUAAACAACAUGGAUUUUCACAUCGCCACAAUGGGCACAGGGAACAACUCAGAUGUAACUCCUGGAAUUGAGUUCUCUGAGAUCGUGAUGCCCCUUGGACGUUGAUGAAAUUGUCUGUAACAUUUAUGCUUUGCAAAUUUGAAGUGUGUUCU